CAAGACGCAUCUUCUUACGUAUUGCGCUCGACAGUCGCUGCUACAGCUAUAGGUAUAUAGGCCUGUCGCAACCGCUAAUCUUUCCUGCCGCCGCUUCGCCGCACUGACGGAUGCCGGUCGCGCAUUAUUGUUACGGUCGCCCAGCUGUCAAUCCUCCGCGUGCCUUAUAGCCAGUCUCUCCACCACCCGUCUCCAUCGCCCGACGUAACAGUUACUGGUAUUCGUGCUAAGAGGAUUCCAAGUCUCUCCACAAGCUUCCACGACAUCGUGGCGUGUGUACGUGUAAACAGCCAGGACUUUCUCUCUCCCACCUUUACUCAUUUCACACUUUUCCUCUCCCCUCGCGAGAGUUUCCAUUCUUUCAUAGCACACCGGCAAGCGUCCAGGUUUUUGGCUGGCUAACUUCGCCGCCAUCGACUACGUCGAGAGCAGCGCCCACUUUUCCGUGGCGCAGACAACCCCGCAUUCGUCGUGUCCACGCUCACAGCGUCCACAUGGGACGACGACCGGCAGCUGCUGCCGUCGGCGCGACCGCGACGCCGACCCCGAGGUGGCCGAGUCGGACUCUACGGCUCGCGCUUCUCCUGCUUAUCGGAGCGCACUCGGCUCACUGCUUGGAGAAUGGCCUUGCCAGGACGCCACCCAUGGGAUGGCUGUCCUGGGAGCGUUUCCGAUGCAACAUUGACUGCGUCAAUGAUCCCGACAACUGCAUCAGUGAGCGGCUGUUCAAGGAGAUGGCCGACGCUCUCAUAUAUGAGGGAUACCGGAAAGUCGGCUACGAGUACGUCAACAUCGACGACUGCUGGAUGACUAAGGAACGAGACGUGAACGGAAGGCUUCAGGCGAAUAGCACCCGAUUCCCCAAUGGAAUUAAGUACCUCGCCGACUUCAUGCACAUUCGUGGCUUGAAUCUGGGGAUCUACGGCGACGUAGGGACAAAGACGUGCGGAGGCUACUGUGGCAGCAAAGGUCACCUGCGCGAGGACGCUCAGACCUUCGCGGAUUGGAAUGUGGACAUGGUCAAGAUGGAUGGCUGCUUCGCCAGCAUCCGAGACUACGAGAGCCUGUACCCAGAUUUCGGUGACGCUAUCAACCGGACUGGGCGACCGAUGGUCUACUCGUGCAGUUGGCCUGCCUAUACAAAUUUGCGUAAUAUUACUACAAACUACACGUUAAUCGGCCACCACUGCAACAUGUGGCGGUACAACUACGACAUAGACGACAUUUGGCGAAGCGUGGAGGGUGUCAUCGACUACUAUGCCAAGAAUCAGAUUGUUCUGGUCCCCGCAGCCGCACCGGGACGCUGGAACGACCCGGAUAUGCUGGUCAUUGGCAAUUUCGGGUUGAGCUACGACCAGAGUAAGGCCCAGAUGGCGCUCUGGGCUAUCAUGGCCGCUCCUCUGCUCAUGUCCAACGACCUGCGCCGUACGCGCCCCGAGUUCAAGGAGAUUCUGCAGAAUAAGGCCAUCAUUGCUGUGAACCAGGAUCCACUGGGGCUAUUGGGAAGGAAAGUAAAGACGAAAGGCAGAGUGGAGACGUGGAUCCGUCCGGUGACCCCCAUGGUGGGCGAGUCCGUCUACUCGUAUGCGCUGGUUUUCUUCAAUCGAAACAACGGAGGCAACACCCGAAAGCACGUCACGCAGCUAAAGGCUUUGGGACUUGACCACCCGCUUGGGUACCGCGUGACCGACCUCUUCAAAAACAGGUUUAUGGGCGUGUACCGCCCCGACGAUUACCUGAAGGUGCGAGUCAACCCGUCGGGUGGCGUCGUCAUGGUCAAGGCGGAGGCCGUGAACCUGGCGCCUUCCAUCCAUCCAACACCGCCACUGAAUUUCUUGCCACAGCAAGGGCUGCCCGUGGGAGGUACCGGAAUUACGGGCGGCACCACGCAGCCACCACAGCUACAGUACCUGCCCCCUCAGAGCAUCGGAAACGGAAUCGACGCGCCGUCUGGUUCCGCUGUGGGCGCCGAAAGUUUGAAGCAGAGGCUCUAGUUUCCUAAGGUUCAGAGCAUGGCGUCUACGGGAAGCGUCUGAAGUCAGCCACCAUCGACAUAGCGUCGUUGCUUGAGGGUGUGGACUCCGCGAUGAAAAACUUUCGACUAAUGUGCUCUCCACAGAUGGCUGUAGAGCGUUGAACAGUGUUUGCUGACAAGGAGUCAUUUUAACGCGACAGCGUUAAGGGCGCGGUGUCGCAGAAAAUCCGGCGUCGGCGCCGGCGUGGAUGUCGGCGUCCGUGGCAGAGAAAAGCAUCCCCAACCACCCCGACCCCCGACCGCGCAGGCCCUCUGCGUGGCGGAAGGUGUUAGUGAACAAAAAUUGAAUUUCUCAGAAUGAAAUCCGUCAGGAAAAUGGUAAAGUACGGCUUAACCACAACCUACAGACAUGGUGGCGUCGGAUUUCAAUUUGAAUCUACGAGAAAACAUAAUUCUCUUACGAGGAAACUCAAACACAAACCCCUUUUCCAGCAUUUCUACCAUACCAACAGCGGCGCGCUCGAAUAGGUUAGUUGCGAAAUUCAUAUCCGGAUGGCGCUCGCAUCUUCGGUAGGUCAAAUUGGGACUUCGCCUGCCUAAUGCGUUUUGGACACGCGCGCGCGUCGGGGCAAUAGCAAAUAAUUAAUAAAAUAAUAAAUAAUAGAAAAGGGCUAGGGCCUUCACAUUUUAAUAUAAGACGAGUUAUAUUGCCCCUGAAAAAAAGUAUUUCCUGCAAUGCAUUUUUGUUUAAAAGUGAAGCCGACUUUAAGCGGGUCGGUGUAAGCUUGAUCUUUGUAAGCUGGCUUUCUCACGUUCUGUGUUGCAGAGAAGAGUACUCAAAGUAAAAUGCGAUGCGUACAGGGCCCAAUAACGCUAUCGCGUUCCUCUCUUAAAGGCGAAGCUCAAGGGUCCUCCAAUUUUUAUUUGCCCUAGAUCAUGACUUGGGCUAGACAGAUAGAUGUUAGUGAGGCAACUAGAAUUGACCUUAGUGAGGAAGGUAUGUAGCUGGUUGAAAGUUUGCUUGUUCGCGUUACAUUUCUCGCUAUUUCCAACAAGGCAUCACUCAGGCUAAUUAUGAUCGGUCACUGCACGUACUAUUGAAUAAGUUAAAAAAAUGACAAAAGUGAGGAUUUAAAAAAAUGUGAUUACGAAUAGAAUAACGUGCGCCAUUGCUCUAUUGGUCGUUACCUUCAUUGGAUAGCUUCACUAGCAGACGAGCAGUGUGCGAACGUAAACCUUAAGUUGUGUUCAGUGCUAGUACACAUUGUUCGGUGGUCUGUUCGAUACAGCGAACAAGGGUCCUUUGUCCGGUUGCGGUUGAUUGCCUCGGUCUCAUAAGCUAUGAAAUUGAAUUUAACUUCUGCUACUUGAUGCGGCGGGCAUACCAAACAGCCACUGAAUCAACAGAACGUUUAAACGUCAAAGUCAGUAAAGUGGUCGCUGUAUGGUUUGGUAGCGAUGUCAUAAGAUGUUUGUUGACCUAAAUAGUCGAAUCUGAGCUGCCAAAGCUCACAACGAUAAAAUCAUGCGUGACUGCUUGAAGUCUGCUGGUGACGGCAGUCGACCGCUUCGAUAGUCGUAGAAAAGCCAUACUUUGUUCUUUCGCCACAAACUGAUACUUCGAUUGGACCUACUUCGAUUGCGGACACCAGUGACGAGAUGUGAUACUCGGGAAAGAAAGGGGAUUUGUUUGACUGACGCUGUAUUCACUGCUUUCUUCGCUGUCUUUGUUAUAGUUUUCUUUUGACACUGCUGUUUUGAUUUUGAAGGCCAGCAGGCUCCCUUGACGCCAGUUUCGAAUGUUAACUAGAUUCUUGAAUAAAGUGCGUUGACUCGAU